AUAAAAAAACAUAUAAAUUACAAUAACAACUUAAUAAAAAACAAUGGCUGACGAACGAAAUUUUCGUUCCUCUUAUUACGAAAAGGUGGGAUUCCGUAGUGUUGAGGAGAAAAGAUCUCUGGAAAUAUUACUCAAAGAACGUCCCUUUGAUAAAGCGAAAUUGAAACAGUUUUGUUUACGAUUUACAGUACCCACCAUAUACAGAAAUUUCUUAUGGAAAAUAUUGCUGGAUGUAAUACCAGUCUAUGUAGACAGUCAUGAGUUUAUAAUAAAUCAAAGAAAGGCUGAAUUCCAGGAUCUGCAGAAAGCACUAAAAGUUACCAAAAUAUUAGAUGAUUACACGAAGCCUCAUUUAAUGUUUCUUACUAUGUGGUUGUUGCGUACUAGGAGAGCAAAGCUUGAUAUGAGUGCUCAAUUAGAGAUUCCUCUACAUAGAUCUAUGAGCAGAAUGGCUGAAACAUUGUGGCACAUUAUAGAUAUUGAUUCCUAUGAAGAAAAGCUUGUAGACACAUAUUGGAUACUAUGCGGCCUCUUAGACCAAGUACAAAGGCUUCAUAAGGAAGUCAGUAGGUUACAGGAAUGCACUUGUACUUUAUUAGAAAGGGAAGAUCCUGAAUUGUAUAAGCAUCUUGUUAAAAUUCAAGCUCUUUACAACAUUCCAUACGAUGUUUGGUUCUGUUCAUGUUUUGCAGGAACCGUAUCUGAUGGUUCUAUAGCAAAAAUUUGGGAUAAGAUAGCUGUGGGUGCAUACAGAAUUUUAAUUUUUGUAACUGCAGUUACAUUAACAACUUUAAGACGGCUCUUAUUGAGAUGUGAAAACAUAGAUGCUGUAUUGGACACCAUUAGCAAUAUAACAGAAGAGACUUCAGAAGUGAUUGUUAACAAAGCAAUUGAGUCUUGGCAGCAAAGUGGCUCAACAUUAACGACUAUUUUGCAAACCGUUUAA